GAUGAGAUGAGAGGAAAGCUCAAGUGAAACCAACUUCCAGCAAGCUUCAUUCUGUAACAAUGACGCUUCUGGCGUCCUCUGUGCUGCCUUCAUUUCCGAAGUUGCAGGUUAAAGAGUUUAAAUACCAGACAGCACAUUUGCAUGGCAGCUUGUCAUCGCGUGUCUGCUGCCAAAUCUCUCCUUUAUGUUGUAUGAAAAUAACAACAGGGCAGUUUGGUGAUAUGAAUAAUAUGAAGAAGAAACUAAGAAUUGUCAAGGAGAGGUUAUGGGAGUCUAUCCCUGACCCCGUAAAAGAAUUCCCUUGGAAGAAAGCAGAGGACAUGCUGCUGGUGCAACUACUUGCUCUAGGAUGGAAGGCAUUUAAGUGGUCUGUUAUGCCAGUGUUCGUUUACAGCUCUCUAUCAGAUGUUGUGUUUUCAAUUUCUAGAAAUCAAGAAUUACUGAUUCCCCUUGGUCUCCUGCUUGGAUACUUGAUGACUGAUUUCUUGAAAGAAACAUCACGAGAAAUGUUUCAAAGCUCCGAGCAGGAAAAGAGCUUGAGCCGGCACCUCUUGGCAAUUGGCAGCUUCUUUGUUGUUGUCAAAUUUAUUUCUAUAUGUUUCGCUAUAAAAGCAAGGGUUCUCCUUUUGCAUGUCGCCAAUGGUGGAUUAAUGGAGGUAUUGUGGCUAUGGAAGCAUCUGGUUAAAGAAGAUGAAGGAGAUGAAGGGGAUUUCUCCUCCAGGCAAGAUGCUUCUUCAGAUGUAGCAGCAGAAACUUAAUUUUUUUUUUUUUUUUCACAUAAAAGUAUUGCUCAGUUUAUAAAGGAAUUUCUUUUCUUUUUUAACCUUUUUGAUAUUGUUGAGCAAAACCCUUACCGUAGAUAAAUUUUUGUGAAGAAUGAUUUUUCCAAUGUUUGCUGUCAUAUUAUAACUCCAGGAACACGGCGUAAUUUGAGUGGAUGAGGAGAGAAUAUUGGGUUAACCUGUUUUCUGGAGGUUAAGAGAAAUAUCUUUAGAACCUGAUAAGAAUUCACAGCUGAGCUAAUCUUUGAAUUGUACAAACUGUUUGAAACACAUUUCUAAAACAUGUCUCUUAUUUACGAGAGAUGGAAAAAAGAGACUGCUUCUAGUAUAUGAAUUUGUGUUGGGAUUUCCCUCUGUUUAGUAACAAGCAGCAUGCAUGGUUAUGGUGCUAGUUUAUAUAAACUGAAAUUUCAAUG